AAACUGGCCAGGGUCUCACUCCUGGUUCCACUUACUAUCUGUGUGACCCUGGAUGGGGUAACUUCAGAGCUUCAUUCUCUUCACUGUCUGAAAAAUGUGCUGAAAGCUAUCGUUGUGAGCUUCCAUUGAGCAUGCAUGUAAGACAUUCCCAAUAAAUGCUCUUCCCCUCUAUUCCCUCUCAUAACAUGCUAAAAAAAUACACGGUAUGGAUAUUCUUAGUAUUCUGAGGAUUAUAUGGUUCAUUUUCUUCUGAUAGGUAUAGUCUUUCUGUGGAAGAAUAUACAAUUAUUUCACGAUGGCAUUUGCACCUCCAAAAAGUAUAGAUGGUCCCAAAAUGCAGACAAAGAUGAGCACCUGGACACCCCUAAAUCAUCAGCUUUUGAAUGACCAGAUAUUUGAAGAAAGAAGAGCCCUACUUGGAAAAUGGUUUGACAAAUGGACAGACUCUCAAAGGAGAAGAAUCCUCACGGGCCUGUUGGAACGCUGCUCCCUGUCACAGCAAAAGUUCUGCUGUCGAAAACUUCAGGAAAAACUCCCAGUAGAAGCCCUGGAUUUUACUACCAAGCUUCCAAGGGUGUUAUCUGUAUACAUCUUUUCCUUCCUGGAUCCCCGAAGCCUUUGUCGUUGUGCACAGGUGUGCUGGCAUUGGAAGAACUUAGCUGAGCUGGACCAGCUGUGGAUGUUCAAAUGUUUACGCUUUAACUGGUACAUCAAUUUCUCUCCAACUCCUUUUGAGCAGGGCAUCUGGAAGAAGCACUAUAUUCAAAUGGUGAACGAACUUCAUGUUACCAAGCCUAAGACACCUCCCAAAGAUGAAUUUGUAAUUGCCGAUGUUCAGCCAGUGACAAGCAGUUCUCCAAAGGAAAAGCAGUCUCCUCUGUCAGCUUUUCAGUCUUUUUCCUCUUUAAGAAGGAAGAGCAACACAGGGAAAAAGGAACUUCCACCCUGGAGAUCCUCUGAUAAGCACCCAACUGACAUCAUUCGUUUUAAUUACCUGGACAACUGUGACCCCUUUGACAGCGUCUGGCGUGGAAGAAAGAAAAGAAAUGAAAUGACCCCAGAUUUCAGCCGACAACCACAUGAAAAGAGAAAUAAAUUGCAGGACAGAUGGAGGCUAAGAAAAGCACAGUCACUGAUAUCCCUAAGUUCCAGCUCUGCCCUAAAAGUUCCAGCUUGGAGCGCCUGGCCUGCUCCUCAGUCAGCGGGACUCCCAGAUGCAGCUGAAAUGUUCAGGUGGCAUCUUCAGAGACACUCAGGACUUUAGACAUCAUCCUUCCAGGCUGCGGAGCCCAAACUGGCUUAAGGACCUGGAAGGACUUGUACAGAAAAGACAAAAUGCUCUGCGUGGUGGGGACUGGGUUUUACUUGCCCCUCUGUUAGAUGCUCUUUCAGUUUAAGUACGUGAGUCCUAUGGCAUUUCAGUAAAAAGGAAUUUAUGGCAUAAACGCUGACACACUUACAAACUUAGAGAUAAGUUGACAGGUACCACGGGGUUGAGGACAGGACAGAGGAUGGCGCCAUUGUUAAUCUCGGCUGCAUGAGGUAGGUCCCAGGAGGACACGGACAGCACCCUCCCAAGGCUGCAUGCGCAGUUCAGUGAAGGGGGCUGCCUGCCAUCGUGUCUCAGUUUGCUAGGGCCGCACCACAGCCUGGGGGGCUUCGGCAGCAGGUGUUUAUCUCCUCACAGUCCUGGAGGCUGGAAGCCCAAGAUGAAGGGGUCAGCAGGGCUGGUUUCUCCUGAGGCCUCUCUCCUUGGCAUGCAGCCGUCUCCUCCCUGUGUCCUCACGUGUCUGUCCCUGGGUGCGUGUCUGUCCUAACUGCUUCUUAUAAGGACAACCUUCAUACUGGAUUGGGCCACCCUAAUCAUUUCUCUGAAGAUCCUAUCUCUGAAUACAGUCACCCUGAGGUACUGGGGGUUAGGGCUUCCAUGUAUGAAUUUGCCGGACACACCCUUCAGCCCCUAACACACACAUUUAAUUUAAUUAAA